AUGAUGGCCCUGCUGGUCACAGGACCCAAGCAAACCACUACAAAGAGCUCCCCGACCACAAGUACUACACAGAAACACCCUGCUGCAUUCUGCACACACCCACACUCACUACACCCGCUACCCCUCACACCCACACUCACUACACCCCGCUACCCCUCACACCCACACUCACUACACCCCGCUACCCCUCACACCCACACUCACUACACCCCGCUACCCCUCACACCCACACUCACUACACCCCGCUACCCCUUCACACCCACACUCACUACACCCCGCUACCCCUUCACACCCACACUCACUACACCCCGCUACCCCUCACACCCACACUCACUACACCCCGCUACCCCUCACACCCACACUCACUACACCCCGCUACCCCUCACACCCACACUCACUACACCCCGCUACCCCUCACACCCACACUCACUACACCCCGCUACCCCUCACACCCACACUCACUACACCCCGCUACCCCUCACACCCACACUCACUACACCCCGCUACCCCUCACACCCACACUCACUACACCCCGCUACCCCUCACACCCACACACCCACACUCACUACACCCCGCUACCCCUCACACCCACACUCACUACACCCCGCUACCCCUCACACCCACACUCACUACACCCCGCUACCCCUCACACCCACACUCACUACACCCCGCUACCCCUCACACCCACACUCACUACACCCCGCUACCCCUCACAUCCACACUCACUACACCCCGCUACCCCUCACACCCACACUCACUACACCCCGCUACUCCUCACACCCACACUCACUACACCCCGCUACUCCUCACACCCACACUCACUACACCCCGCUACCCCUCACACCCACACUCACUACACCCCGCUACCCCUCACACCCACACUCACUACACCCCGCUACCCCUCACACCCACACUCACUACACCCCGCUACCCCUCACACCCACACUCACUACACCCCGCUACCCCUCACACCCACACUCACUACACCCCGCUAACCCCUCACACCCACACUCACUACACCCCGCUACCCCUCACACCCACACUCACUACACCCCGCUACCCCUCAACACCUCCCCUCACACCCACACUCACUACACCCCGCUACCCCUCACACCCACACUCACUACACCCCGCUACCCCUCACACCCACACUCACUACACCCCGCUACCCCUCACACCCACACUCACUACACCCCGCUACCCCUCACACCCACACUCACUACACCCCGCUACCCCUCACAUCCACACUCACUACACCCCGCUACCCCUCACACCCACACUCACUACACCCCGCUACCCCUCACACCCACACUCACUACACCCCGCUACCCCUCACAUCCACACUCACUACACCCCGCUACCCCUCACACCCACACUCACUACACCCCGCUACCCCUCACACCCACACUCACUACACCCCGCUACCCCUCACACCCACACUCACUACACCCCGCUACCCCUCACACCCACACUCACUACACCCCGCUACCCCUCACACCCACACUCACUACACCCCGCUACCCCUCACACCCACACUCACUACACCCCGCUACCCCUCACAUCCACACUCACUACACCCCGCUACCCCUCACACCCACACUCACUACACCCCGCUACCCCUCACACCCACACUCACUACACCCCGCUACCCCUCACACCCACACUCACUACACCCCGCUACCCCUCACACCCACACUCACUACACCCCGCUACCCCUCACACCCACACUCACUACACCCCGCUACCCCUCACACCCACACUCACUACACCAAGCUACCCCUCACACCCACACUCACUACACCCCGCUACCCCUCACACCCACACUCACUACACCCCGCUACCCCUCACACCCACACUCACUACACCCCGCUACCCCUCACACCCACACUCACUACACCCCGCUACCCCUCACACCCACACUCACUACACCCCGCUACUCCUCACACCCACACUCACUACACCCUGCUACCCCUCACACCCAUACUCACUACACCCUGCUACCGCUCACACCCACUCACUACACCCUGCUACCCCUCACACCCACACUCACUACACCCCGCUACCCCUCACACCCACACCCACACUCACUACACCCUGCUACCCCUCACACCCACACUCACUACACCCUGCUACCCCUCACACCCACACUCACUACACCCCGCUACCCCUCACACCCACACUCACUACACCCUGCUACCCCUCACACCCACACUCACUACACCCCGCUACCCCUCACACCCACACUCACUACACCCUGCUACUCCUCACACCCACACUCACUACACCCUGCUACUCCUCACACCCACACUCACUACACUCUGCUACCCCUCACACCCACACUCACUACACCCCGCUACUCCUCACACCCACACUCACUACACCCUGUUACCCCUCACACCCACACUCACUACACCCCGCUACCCCUCACACCCACGCUCACUACACCCCCCUACCCCUCACACCCACGCUCACUACACCCCCCUACCCCUCACACCCACACUCACUACUCCCCGAUACCCCAAACUCAAACACUCACUACACCCCCCUACCCCGCACACACAUAUACACACACGCACACCCUCCACCUCACACUCCCUCUGCCCCUCACAUACACACACGCACACCCUCCACCUCACACUCCCUCUGCCCCUCACAUACACACGCACACCCUCCACCUCACACUCCUUCUGCCCCUCACAUCCCCAGCCCGGUGCCUCCAGCUGUCUCUCGAAUCACAGGACUCAGUACUGA